CGCUUGGCAAGGCUACGUAUCCCUCAACGCAGCUCACCAAGCUCCCCCCGAGCUGUCCACGUCUGCGUCUGCGUAUCCAGCGUGUUGCUUCCCAGAGACGCAAUCGCAAUCGCAACCGCAACCGCACCACCACCCAAUCCCUUCGCGACCAUCACAGCCCAAGAUGCGGUCGCUCGUGAGUUUCGCGCUCCUGCUCUUUACCGCCCUGGUUUCGGCCCUGAGCUCUGCCGGCAACCGCCUGCUGGUCGUGGUGGACAACGUCGAGGAGAAGGAUGCGUAUUCCAUCUUCUUUACCGAUCUGGCUGAUCGUGGAUAUGAAAUCACCUACGAGACGCCCAAGAGCGAUGCGUUGAGCCUGUUCGAGCACGGCGAGAGGAACUAUGAUCACCUCAUCUUCCUGCCCUCCAAGAUCAAGGGUCUCGGCCCCAACUUGACCCCCAACAUCCUCCUCGACUUCAUCAACGCCGAGGGCAACGUCCUCCUGACCAUGUCCUCUACCCACUCCGUCCCGACCUCGCUCGUUGCUCUACUCUCUGAGCUCGACAUCUCGCUCCCCACUGAGCGAACUGGCUCUGUCGUCGACCACUUCUACUACGACACCAUCUCCGCCCCCGAGACCCACGAUGUUCUCGUCCUCAACUCCCCCCCGAACGUUCGACCCGGCCUCAAGAAGUACUUCGAGAUCCCCGGCGCUGCCCUCACCCUCCCCCACGCCGUUGGCCACAGCCUCGGCUCCGGACCUCUCCUGACUCCUAUCCUGAGAGCCCCCGCCACGGCCUACAGCUACAACCCCAAGGAGCAGGCCGACGUCGUUGACCCCGAGGACCUCUUUGCUGCCGGACAGCAGCUGGCCCUCGUCUCCGUCAUGCAGGCUCUCAACUCGGCGCGCUUCACCCUCGUGGGCUCGGCCGAGAUGCUCCAGGACAAGUGGCUCGAGACCAAGGUUGCUCGACCUCAGGAGAAGGCGCAGUACACUAGCAACCGGGAGUUCAUGACUGCACUGUCGGCUUGGACCUUCAAGGAGCUGGGUGUCCUGAGAGUCAACAGCGUUGAGCACCAUCUCGACGGCGAUGAAGAGAUCAACCCCAGCAUCUACCGCGUCAAGAACGAUGUGUUCUACAAGAUUUCCGUCUCUGAGUACGCUUGGCGCCGCUGGGUUCCCUUCCAGGUUCCUGAGGGCGACGCUUUCCAGCUCGAGUUCUCCAUGCUUUCUCCCUUUGAGCGCCGAGACCUCGUCGCCGAGUCCGAGACCGCCCGUGAAACCAUCUUCACCACCAACUUCACCCUUCCCGACCAGCACGGCAUCUUCAACUUCAAGAUCAACUACAAGCGACCCUUCCUGACCCACGUCGAGGAUAAGCACACCGUCAGCGUCCGCCACAUGGCCCACGAUGAGUGGCCUCGCAGCUACGCCAUCUCUGGAGCCUGGCCCUGGCUGUCUGGUAUCGGAGUCACCGUGGUGGGCUUCGUGGCUUUCAGCGCCCUGUGGAUGUACAGCCAGCCCGUCAAAACGACCCCGGCUGGUGCGAAGAAGACUCAAUAAAGGAGAAAUGGAUCUGGGAAGGUGGAUUGUACAAUGUUUUGAGAGACGAGGGGCUCAUGGAUGAGCACUCGUAUGUAGAGUAAGGACAAAAAAUGGAAUGACAUAGAUGCGCAGUUUCUCGUCUAAAGUAUCAAAUUGGGUUUCUUCAUGAAUUUG